CAAUUAUAUUAACUUUUGUCGAUGAAUUUAACUACUGUGGCAUAGUCUUUGUGAUAUUACUGACGGGCUGUACAAAUGAAUUUACAGUUUAGCCUACUGUGCCGCGUUCAUUCCAAACAGUAAAAUAACGGUUUACAUGUCGCGAUCUGAUAGGCUCUUUCGCCAGCAGGUGUUUGCAACUUCAAUUGCGCUUGUUAGUAGUCCAGAUGCCGCCCUUUCCGUACUGUACAGAGACAGAAACAUAGGUUACUAGCUUUAUGUAUGAGUUGCCUAAAAAGUCAGUCGACAUUCUGAAGAGACUAACAUGAAAUGGACUUGACUUACACGGAUAUGAUCAUGUAGGCUAGAGUGUUUCAGUUUUUUUGUAUAAAUCGUGUUAAUGCGCGCACGACAGCUGACUUGCACAACAUCUGGCCAGAGACCGGGAUUUGCUUACUGUACCGGUGUGGAACUGAGAAGAAGAAGACUGGGACACGGACCGUCUCUCCUGAGCUCAGUGGAGACAACAGAUUGGGGCAGGGUGUUGGAUUGACAGUGGUACCUGAGUCAGCCAUGAGGCGGAAGCUGGACAUGUCGGGACUGACGGACGAUGAGGCAGAGCACGUUCUACAAGUGGUGCAGCGGGACAUGAGGCUCCGGAAGAAAGAGGACGAGCGCCUCAGUGAGCUGAAGCAAGAGCUGGACGAGGAGGGUAGUCGCUGCUCCCUGCUCUCCCGGCAGCAUCGCUUCAACGAGCGCUGCUGCAUCCGCUGCUGCUCUCCCUUCACCUUCCUGGUCAACCCCAAGCGCCCGUGUCUGGACUGCAAGUACAACGUCUGCAAGACCUGCCGCUCCUACAGCAAGAAGGACAAAGCCUGGGUCUGCUCGGCGUGUCAGAAGGGCAGGCUUCUGAAGACCCAGUCCCUGGAGUGGUACUACAACAAUGUAAAGUGUCGCUUCAAGAGGUUUGGUAGUGCCAAGGUGUUGAAGACACUAUACAGAAAACACCUGGCGGAGCAAGGGACGCUGGGUGAACUCACAGAGGGUAGCACGUAUGAGGAGAGCAUCGGCAACGAGGGCAGCGUCUGUAGUGAAAAUGCCUUCUACAGACAGAGUGAAGAGCACAGCAUGGCAGAGACCCUAACGGUGGCACUGAGGGUGGCAGAGGAGGCCAUCGACGAGGCCAUCGCCAAGGCAGAGGGACACACCGACAGUCAGGACAAGCAGAGCGAGGCAAGGUAUCUGCGAGACCACAGAGAAGAGCUGAUUGAGGAACUGGCCACAACCAUUGUGCAGAAAAUCAUCCGGCGGAGGAAGAACCUAGCUGAGAUGAAGCCAGACUAUGACCUGGACUGGCUCCCCGACAACCAGAGUGGUGACCAGCCCUUGGCUUCAAGCUCCCCCAGCUCCAAGAUCUGCCGCACCACAUCAGCCCGCGCCAAGGCCUCUAUAUGGCGGUCUCACUCUGCCUUCUCGCUGCUGGAUGACAACGUUAUGAUGCAGUGCUCUGGGGUUUCCCAGGACUCUCAGCAUGGGCUGAAAAAGGAGGGAGGAGCGGCAGGAUUGGCCAACUGGAAGAGUGUUGACCGCCUGGACAACUCCAUGCUGAAGAGCCCAGACGGGAACUGGAUCGCCCAGCAGAGCACACAGCUGUCUCGGCCCAGCCUGCUGACCAAGAGGAAGUCACUGGUAUUCAGCGUUUUGGAGAAGGAGUCCGGUGUGAUCUCCGCCUACGAUGAGAUGGGCUCAGACGACGCCGAGGGGGGAGAGGGGGCCUGGGGCGCCGCCCUGCUGGAGAUACGCAGGAAAAUGACAAACGCCAACAACAACCAGGGGUCAGAGGCACCAGAUGCCCAGGCCUCUGCCGACCAGCAGCACAGCCUCCCCUCACCCUUGCUGGACCACCACGCCAGCACGGACACCCUCAACUCUGAAUCUGAGGUAGGAGAAGAUCAGAUUCGAGGUCAAGGGCCGAAGCCCCAGAAGCCUCUGCUCACCGUCCUGAAGAGAAAGGUGCCUGUGGAGCACCGGUGCACCCCCUCUUCACGUCGGUCGUCCCGCCCGGGCAUCUUCGACGUGAACUUUAACCCUGAGGGGAUGGAGGCUGAGAGCAGCGGGGCUGAUGAGCUGGAGGAGGAGGGCAAAGUCAGGAGGAUGCGAAGGAGGAAGAGGACUAAGAAGGAUCAGGGGGAGGGAAGAGGAGAGGAGUAUAGCAGCAUGCUACUGGAUGACCUGGCCAAGAAACUAAGUGUGAAAAAGACCAGCCAAUCUGGCGCAGUCACCCCAGACACUCUGACUUUGGAUGGUGGCUUGACCUCCAGGUCGCUGACCCCUGAACCCCGGGGUCCUGAGGGGGAGGCCCCCGGCUGCGGGGCCCCUAAGGGCCAGGGAGGAGGGACCAUGGGAGUGACCAUCAAUCUUGAGCAGGAACUGACCAUCAGACUGAAAGAGCUGGCCAGCCAAGUCGGCCUCGCACACCUCUCAUCAUCUGAGGACGAACUGGACAGAUCGGGAGAGGACGAGGGAGGAAGGGAGGGAAGGAGAGAAGGAACUCAGGAGGAGGAGCGGUUAUGGCAUAUAGAAAUCGAGAUGGAAGGAGGGAGAGUGGGAGAGGGGGAGGAGAGGACAAAAGAAAGGGAGGGAGAUGGAGGAGGACAGCUGAAGUCAACACUAAUCCAGCUAGCUAGUCAGGUCAGAGGCACAGAAUUCUCAUCCACUGAAGAUGAGUUGGACAGAGUGGGUAGGGUUGAGCAUGGAUGGGAGAGAGAGCGGGUGGAGGAGAGGACAAAAAAGAGGGAGAGAGAAGGAAGAGAGGAGCACACCGUAAAGUUGCGUAUGCUGGCUAGCCAAGUCACACAUUUCUCAUCAACAGAGGAAGAGCUUGACCGAGUGGGUGUUAGUGAUGGAGAGAUGGAGGAGCAGAGAGAAGGAGAGAGGGAGGGAGAGAAGGAAGAGCUGACAUACAAACGGUGCAGACUGGCUAGACAGGUCAAUGACGCGCAGUUGUCAUCAACAGAGGACGAGCUGGAUAGAGUGGGUCUCUAUGAUGAAGAGAUGGAGAAAGGGAGGGAGGAGAGAGGAGGAGAAGGGGGUGGAGAGCGGGAGGAGAUAGACGCUGAGGCACUGUGGGAGAUGGAGGGAGAUAAAGAGGAACUGACCUCCAAGUUGAGAGAUCUGGCCAGUCUCGUUAGCGCCUCCCAAUUCUCCUCUACGGAAGAUGAACUGGAUAGAGUGGGAAAGAACGAGGGAGAGAGGGAAGAGGGGAGCAAAGGAGACAAAAUGAAGUUGUCCAAUAGAGUGGCAGACUGGGUCAGAGAGAGAUGUGGAGAGAUGGAGGGAAAGUGGCAUGGAGAGAGAUGGGGAGAGAUGGAGGGAGAGAGGAGGAGGGUACAGGUGGAGAGGGUGAGAGAGAAGCCCUGGUACCAGGGGGGGAUGGAGGUGGAAGGGAGGAUGAUGAACAAGGUGAGGAGAGAUAGCAUCGGAGAACUAGACGUCAGACUCUUUGACUUUGAGGAUGAAAGUGAGAAAGAGGGAGAGCUGCAAAGCGAAGAGAUGGACACAAAGGUAGAGGAAGAGGGAGUCAUGAAGGUACAGAGGAUGAUGGAGAGGAUGUUUGAAGGAGGGAAGGAAGGAAAGAGAGCAGGGGAAGCAGAGAGAAAGGUGGAAAGAGGGAUGAGAGAUGCAGAAGUGGGAGGAAGAGAGCGAGAAACAACAGAAAGUGUGGACACUGUGGAGGGAGAGGUGAUGUUUGACAAAAUAAUCAGCAACCUAGAGCACACACUGGGUGGGAUGGAGGUAGAGAUGGAUGGAGAAAUGGUGGCAGACCCCAAAAGAGAAGGGAGAGAAGAGGAUAAGAACCAAACAAAGGUUAGAGAAAGCGAGUUUAUGAAAGAAGAAGAGAUAGAUGAAUAUCUAAUUAAUGAGAUGCUAAUGUUAGAACAGCUGUCAGACAGCUUUGGCACUUUAGAUAAGACUGGAGUCAAACCUCAAGAGAAGGCUGGAGGGAAGGAAAGAGAAAGGCACAGUUUGGAUAAGACAGUAGAGCGUGUCGUGGAGCGAGGUGAGAAAGAGUCUCGAGAGAAAGAUGAGCAGACUGAAACAGAUACCCAUAAAAGCAUCCUACCACAGAAUUUAGAUGAGAGAAAGGAACAAAUAUCAGACCAGACAAAGAGCGAGACAACCCGAGACCUGGAAGAAGAGAGCAAGGGAGUAGAAAGAGGGGGAUAUGAAGGUGGGGAGGUAGAGGAGCAAACAAGCGACAAGGAGAUGGAUGAUUUUGGGGAAAGAGGAGGGGAGAAUUUUGAGAAGAAUACAGACGAGAAAGAAACUGAGAGCAACCAAACUAAGGACCCAGAAGAGAGCGCCCCCUGUGUUCAGGAGGAGAUACUGUCUUCAGAGGAGAUCCAGAAUAGGUACUCGGCGAUGUCACUGCGCAGUAUCACCACUGAGGUGCUGACGGUGUUGAAUGCGACAGAGGACCUACUCCAGGGGGUGGAAGGGGGUGACUACGCUUGUUCUCCUCCCUACACCCCUUCACUACCCCCCAACACUGACACCAAGAGGCUGGACGAACAGCUCAGCAGACUGGAGGAGAACGUGUAUGUGGCGGCGGGCACGGCGUACGGCCUGGAGGCGGAGCUGGACGACCUGGAGGAGUGUGCCCGGGCCAUCGGCGAUGCCACCUCUGACCUGGAGCUGUCCUACCUGGAGGAGCAGGUGGCAUCAGCUGCCGCCCAGGUGCAUCAGUCUGACCUCCAGACGCAGACUUUUGCUUUGGAAAAAAGGAGAAAGCGGGGGAUUUUACCUCGGGUUUUACCUCGGGUGUCGGACAUUGCAGCCAGGAUCACAGCUCUGAAGAAUGCAGGUCUCAACGUGGUCCCACAGAACCGCUUCGCUAAGCCCAAGAAACAGCCUAAGAUAAAGAAACCUAAGCCAGACUGAUCAGGCAUGUUGACCCCUGUCGUGACCCCUAGCUUCCCCUCACACUAGUGCUACCUGCCUUUAACCAACCAUCAGGACAAUGCCAAGUACAGACUGACAGUUUUACCACUCAUUUUGACACUGUGGACAUAGACAAGAGUUGUAGAUUUUUUUAUAAUGAGAUGAAAAUAGUACAUUAUGUAAAA